ACCACUCCACUUCGCUCCUGUGCCUCAGGUAGCCACAACAUACAGUAUUAAAAUGGAUGCCCAGAACAAGGAGGUUGAUGCCCUGGUCCAGAAGAUCACCGGCCUCCACGCCGCCAUCGCCAAGCUGCCGUCCCUCAGCCCAUCACCCGACGUCGACGCGCUCUUCACCGACCUGGUCACCGCGUGCGUCCCCCCGAGCCCCGUGGACGUGACCAAGCUCGGGCCGGAGGCGCAGGAGAUGCGGGAGGGCCUCAUCCGCCUCUGCUCCGAGGCCGAGGGGAAGCUGGAGGCGCACUACUCCGACAUGCUGGCCGCCUUCGACAACCCGCUCGACCACCUCGGCAUGUUCCCCUACUACAGCAGCUUCAUCAACCUCAGCAAGCUGGAGUACGAGCUCCUGGCGCGCUACGUGCCGGGCGGCAUCGCCCCGGCCCGCGUCGCGUUCAUCGGCUCCGGCCCGCUGCCGUUCAGCUCCUACGUCCUCGCCGCUCGCCACCUGCCCGACGCCAUGUUCGACAACUACGACCUGUGUGGCGCGGCCAACGACCGUGCGAGCAAGCUGUUCCGCGCGGACAAGGACGUGGGCGCCCGCACGUCUUUCGACACUGCCGUCGUCGCGGACCUCACCGGCGAGCUCGCCGCGUACGACGUAGUCUUCCUGGCCGCGCUUGUGGGCAUGGCUGCCGAGGACAAGGCCAAGGUGAUCGCGCACCUCGGCGCGCACAUGGCGGACGGGGCGGCCCUCGUCGUGCGCAGUGCGCACGGGGCGCGUGGGUUCCUCUACCCGAUCGUCGAUCCCCAGGAAAUCUAUCGAGGCGGGUUUGAGGUGCUGGCCGUGUGUCACCCCGACGAUGACGUGUUGAACUCCGUCAUCAUCGCACAGAAGUCCAAGGACGUGCAUGCCAAUGAACGUCGCAACGCACGCACGAACAGACACAGAUGUCCUGGUGAGUGGAGGACCCGCUCCUGCCCCCCAGUCCCCCAUCCGCGCCGCGGGCCGCUCCGGCCGCGGCGGCCACCAAAUACGCUCUCAUGGCGGGCACCGGCAGAUCCCGCAGUCCCCCGCGGGAUCCCCCAGGAGGGACCGGCGCGGCUCCCUGCCCCGCGGUCUGAGCAGCGCCGCGCGGUCGACCUCCCCACCUCGGGCGGCUCAAGAUUUGGACCGGGCGCCGCGAUUCCUGCAGCACGGCGGCUGCUCAGCGUUCUCCGCCGGUCCGUCGGUGAAGCUAGCGCGUCUGCUGCUUCGGCAGGAGACGGGUAG